ACGUAUUUUGUUUACAUGUUUGAGAAACGUUGGUUCGUCGCUCGCUAACUAUAUCGUCGUAGGAAUAAGUUCAGUCUGCGGCGAAUUUAGGUCUUGCAUAGGUUUCUAGAGAGAUCAGAAUCUGCAAUCAGCCCUUAAAGGCAAAGCGAAGAACAUAAGGGAAGCGACAGAAGAGCAGGUGGAGGCCCGGCACCAUGUCUCUCGCGGACGAACUCCUGAAUGACUUCGAGGAGGGCGAAGAAGAGGAGCUUCUGGCCAAUGAAUUACAGGCUCGAGAAGGCGCCCCGGGAGGACCGGUGGAAUCCAUGGACGUGGAGUUCAAGGUGCCUUUCGCUGUGGACUCCAAGGCAGCCAAGCCAGGGUUACAGUCCGUACGUCAGGUGGCUAAGUUGUGGGACUCGAAUAAGCUUCGGGACAUCAAAGACCAGAUUGAAAAAUACGCGUCUCAGCAGAGGAAGGCAGAGGAUAUCCAAGGACCUGUGGAAGCAGAUCCAGAGUACUUGCUAAUUGUGGAGGCAAACAAUAUUAACGUAGAUAUUGAUGAUGAAAUUGGGACGAUACACAAAUUCGUAAAGGAGAAAUAUUCUAAGAGGUUCCCAGAGUUAGAAUCACUGGUCGUCAAUCCCCUUGAAUACCUUAGUGCUGUGCGUGAGCUUGGGAAUGAUGUGGACAAGGUUAAAAACAGUGAGGCCUUAGCCCAGAUCCUGACACAAGCCACAAUUAUGGUGGUGAGUGUAACGGCUUCCACCACACAAGGAUCCCUCCUCACAAACCAGGAACUCGAAGCCAUAGAAGAGGCUUGCAAGAUGGCUCAGGAUCUGAAUGCUUUCAAGAUAAAAAUCUUUGAGUAUGUUGAGAGCCGGAUGAACUUCAUUGCUCCAAAUCUAUCUUGCAUUGUUGGGGCAUCAACUGCUGCCAAGCUGAUGGGAGCUGCGGGAGGUCUCACAAACCUUGCUAAAAUGCCAGCUAGUAAUGUCCUCCUUGUUGGGAAACAGAAGAAGACCAUGAUUGGAAUGGCCCAGACCUCCAUGCUUCCUCACACAGGACACAUUUACUACUGUGAUAUUGUACAGGAAACACCACCUGACCUGCGUUCCAAGGCUGCUCGGAUUGUUGCUGCAAAGGCCACUCUUGCUGCUCGUGUGGACAGCAUGCACGGAAGCCCCACAGGUGCACAGGGCUUACUCCUAAGGGAGGAGGUUGAGAAAAAACUAGACAAAUUACAAGAACCUCCUCCAGUCAAAGCUGUCAAACCACUGCCUCCACCCAUAGAUGCCCCUGGCAAGAAGCGAGGAGGACGACGGGUGCGCAAAAUGAAGGAAAGGAUGGCUGUGACAGACCUUCGGAAGGCACAGAACAGAAUGAACUUCGGAGAGAUUGAGGAAGACGCAUACCAGGACGACCUGGGUUACACAAGAGGUCAGCUUGGGAAAGGUGGUGCAGGACGUAUCAGGAAGGUCACAGUGGACGAGAAGACGAGGGUCCGCCUCUCCAAAACCCUACAGAAGGAGGUGCAGCGGCAGUCUUCUCUUGGAGGCCAGACCACUGUGAGAAGACAAGUGGCUGGUACUGCAUCCAGUGUUGCUUUCACACCUCUCCAAGGCCUUGAGAUUGUCAAUCCACAAGCAGCAGAGAUGAGUGGACAUGCCAAGGCCAACAAGUAUUUCUCAAAUGUUCUUGGGUUCAAGAAUGUAAAUAACAAGUUGGUUUGAUUGAAGAGAAGCAAGCGAGUGUAUGUAUUUUUGUAAGAGAUUAGACACAAGUUACCAGAAAGGUUAUUUGUUACAGUGGAUGUAAUAAAAGAAGAAUGAGUUGUAUUAAUUUUAUUUUACUUUACAAUUUACCUACAUUUAAUGUAUGUAUGUAUGAUUUGACAAAGGUAUUGAUAACAUUUGUCCACUUUUGUUUGGAUAAUUGAAAAAAAAAGUUCUUUCUGCCUUGC